CACCUUAGCGUAGAAGUAAGGGUGCGGCUCUCUAACCGAGAAGUAGGGGUUCGAGUCCCGGGGAAGUUAAUUAAUAUUUGUACGUGGUUUUGGACUGUUUUCCCGUAAAACGCCCGGUAAACUUAUGAAAUGCAUUGCGUAGAAAGAACCUUCUUAAAAGGGGUUUUAAAACCUUGUGAAAUAUUUUGAGUUUUGCAACCAAGAAACAUAAUAACCUCAAAUACUUACUCCAAAUUUUUCAUAAAAUCUUUUCAACUUGAGUAUGUACUAACUUCAAACUCAAGAUAAUAUUCUAGAUGGACAUCAUCUUUACAAUAACUGCGCUAUACUCAUACUGCAAGGCUGAGUACAUUGGAACGAGGUGGUGAGUAUUCUCCAGAAUGGGAUGCCAACACGGCGACAUUUCUACCGCAUGAGGUACUAUGACAACUGCUUUACUGGCAAGGAGGCCGUAGAUUGGCUCAGCAAGGCGCUAGCUAACAAUCCAAGAUUUGGCAAGAAAGUUACUAUUGAUGGCACACGCCAGCUGCUGCAGCACUUCCUCAAGGCCGGAGUCUUUCACAGUGUCAAAAGCACUUACACCUUUAAAGACAGUGGACUGUUUGAAUUUGUGAAUCGUAAUCUCCAUUCAUCUGGUAAAGAGCAAAAUUGCAAACUGCCCAUUCCUCGACUGGGUUUGAGGGAGAUAGAUAGCAAUAGUUCACCAGGAUUGAGCAGAAAUCUUAAUCAUGCAAAAAGACAAAAAAGCUACCUGCAUUUUCCAUCCCCUUGUCCGAUGGAUCAAACUUCAGAGGCUUUUUCUUAUAGGUCUAAGGGAUCAUCAAGUAAAGAAGAAUACUGGAAAGAUUUUAUCAUACAAAGGAUACAGUCACUCGUACCCUCUUUGAGUGUGGAGCUACUUAUUGACACAAACACGUUACGUGGUGAUUGGGUCAUGUUCAAUGUGUGCCACGAGUAUGAUGUAAUGCGCAGGAAAACUGAGCUGCCUUUCUGGGUGUUUACCGCAAUAACCAGUGUUACACGUCGAUCUCAAGAAUCAGAAUCUGAGUAUACCACCUAUAGUGGAUUCGAGAAAGACGUUUACACUGUUGUGCAAGACUACCUCAAACACCGCAGCUCACCUAUGGUUCCUUACUAUCUUUAUGAGUUGGUAAUGUAUACAUUCAAUCACUUGCAUUACCUGGACUUAGAAAUGAAGAACAGGUCUCAAGAGUAUGACUCUGUUGAAAAUCUUAUGCUGAGUAUGUCUGAUGAGUGGAAUGACAAUAAUUUGGUGAACACAGAUGACUUAGCUAGAACUGUCCUUCCUCCAAACUCCUGUUUUGAGACGGCAUUCACAUCAGACGAGCCAGUCACCCGUAUCAUCCCACAAAGUUCUGUGGACACUAUAUGUCUCGCCACGCAGAAGAAUUCAAGGCCUUCAAAUCCUUCCAAUAUAAUGACAAAAUCACAAACAAAUAUCUUCAAAAUUUGUGAGGAGUCAAAUAGAUUGUCAGUCUUACCAGAAAAACAACUCAGUCCAAUGUCAAGGAAACGGUUCUCUAACAAAAACAAGCCGAGGAGAAAAACUGAACAUCUAAGGCGAACACAAUCGAUGGCACAGAUGGAUAGAAAUAUGAAACAAAAUACUUUACCAUUACCUACCAGCCGCCAGAAUGAGAGUGGUUUGACGAGUCAACAAAGUUAUGUCAACUAUGGACUGUCUCAAUCCAUGGAUGACCUGUUAGUGGUCGAUGAUGGUGCAGGGCUGGACUUUGAGGCAGCCAUGCAGAGUGUCAACUGUCUGAUGAAAGCCAGCUGUGGGCCUAGAUCUGCUCCUUUCCCAAGGUCAAGCACAGAGUCUCAGCUCAGCUCAGUGAGCAGUUCUCUCGAGUCAGUCUCAACUGUGGGUUCCUAUCCACUUAAAAAUAACAGUUUUGUUUGUAUUGAUAGCUGUAUGUGGUAUGAGGAUAUCCAGGAGACAGCCAGAUCAGUGUUCCAGUCCCUGUUGAUGCUGAUGUCCCCUGAGAAUCGAACAUCACUCAGCAUGCUGCUCCAGUUUAUCCAUCAGCUUCCAGUGUCUCCUCACUCUACCAUAACUAAAAUGGAGAUGGUGUACGAUCUGAGUACCUUCAUCUUAUCACCACACUCCCACAGCAAGAAUAUCUACAGUCACCAGAUGGUGCUCAGUGUGGUCUAUUUCCUUACUGAAAACUGCCACCCGAUCUUUGAGAACCUUCCUCAGGAAGAAAUAAAGCAAAACAAGGAGAAUAAAGUUGAUCAAGAUCAGAAGGUAUUCUGCAAACAGUUAACUCAAGAUCAGUUUGUGGAUCAGGGUGCGACCAGCUCCUGGUUAGCUCUCAGUGAACUUCUAGAUCAGAUCAUCAAUGAUAAAAAUAUGAAGAGCAAAGAAAAGAAGAAAAGACUAAAAAAGUUCAAGGAAGAAUAUCCUCAUAUUUACAAACAGCGAUGUGGAGGAUCAUCAUCGAAUCUGGCCAGUCUAAUACACUUCCGGUAACUCCUGCCCUUUAGUUUCUAUAAUUUGGAAACUGUGCAAUAGAACAACAUCAUCCUGCCAAUCUUCUUCCAUUAGUGUACUGUGUAUAGUUAAAUUUUUGUAUUUUAUUGUUAAUGUUCAGUGUUUUAUUGCGUGAAUACAUUUCAGAUGCUCAAAACUAA